AUGGCUACAGGGUGGAGCGCUCCUGUGUUUGAUUCCGUUGCUCUCAUACUGUCUGCUGCUGCGGCUUUCGGUCGUGAAACUUUGGUUCGCCAUUCGGGACGUCUACCACUAUAUGCGUACGCCGAAGACUCUCGGUCAAUCGUUGGAGACGCCCACAACCUGUCGCAAGCCUCUUCUGUCGUCAUCCUCGAUGUCGAGUUUCGUGCCGGGGUAUUGAAUGUUCGCGACAUGACGAAGGGCUCCAUCAUAUGCGAGACAAGGGACAAAGCAAUUUUCAAAGCUAUGGCAAGACACGACAAGAUCUGUGGAUGCGGAGCCUUCGAGUUCAUUCACCAGAACGAAGGCAACUCCAGAUCGUCUAAGACUCCUUUAUCUUCGAAGACUCGAACAUCUUCAACAGCUCCCAAAUCUACUCGAGCACAUGGCUCAACUAAGACUUCGACAUCUUCCAAGCCUCCCAAGCCUACCAAGUCUUCCCAGGCACAUGCAUCGCUCAAGACACGGACGUCUUUCAAGACUGCCAAGACUUCCGACAGGCCUGUAGCAUCUAAGACGUCCACAUCGCCCAAGACGCCUAUCUACAACACUUUCACGUCGGUAGAUUGUCAGAAGGACCCUUCCAAUGACAAAUCUGACAACGAGUCCGACUACGAUGACAACAUCUUCGAAGGCAUGACACGCAAGUUCUAA